AUGGCCCAGGGGGCUGGCGAGGCGGCCGCGGACGGGGAGCUGGGAGAUGACAGCAUGUCUGUGAUAACCUGUGAAUCAGAUACAGAAAUGAAGUUAAAGAAGAAAAUUUUUCACAAACCUCCAAAGUCACCAAAGUCUCCAUACAGCUCUAGCACACAACUGUAUCCUAAAAAAAAUGCAGUUUGGCGAUCUCUGCAGGGAACAGGCAGUGCACGUCUCGAGAGUGCAGCUAUAAAAACCCCAAGGCAGAUGUGGCUGGGAUCACUGAAACAAGGAAUGAGCCAUCCUCUGAAAUCAGAUGUUGACAUGGGGCACAUGCGAACUAACAUUUCUAGUAGCACUCCAGAAUAUUUGAAGGAAGCUCUAGGAAUGAAGAAGCCAAAACAUUCUCGUUCUUCUAGUAAUGGCUACAUUCCUGGAACUCCUGACUACAAAGAAAAAGAAGAUAUGUAUGAUGAAAUUAUAGAACUGAAAAAGACAAUACAAGCUCAGAAAAAUGAGGGAGACCGCAUGAAAACUAAGCUCCGUCGACUAGAAGAAGAGAACAACAGAAAGGAUAAACAGAUUGAACAACUGUUGGAUCCUUCCAGGGGCUCUGAGUUGGCACGAGCUUUGUCAGAAAAGAAGGCUGAUAACAGAUGGGUGGUUAGUGGAUUAAAGCAGAAGAUUCUCAAGCUAGAACAACAGUGCAAGGACAAAGACAACACUAUUAAUAAGUUCCAGGCAGACAUGAAGACCACUAAUUUGGAAGAAAUGAGGAUAGCUAUGGAAACCUACUAUGAAGAGGUUCAUCGUCUCCAGCUCCUCCUGGCAAAAUCUGAGACUAUGAGAAAAAAUACAGAGGGCAGAGAUACUCAGAAACAACUAAAGGCACUGAAUACUGCUGUCCUGAGGUUGUCUAGGAACAUCAAGGAAUUGCAGAAUGAGAAUCAGAGGCUGAAAGAAGAUCUAGAUCGUGUACUGAGCAGUUCUCCUCCUUCCAAUACAACAAAAAAUUAUAGUGAAUGGAGCAGACAGAGGCUGGUGAGGCGGAUUUUGGAACUAGAAAAAAAGGUAUGUGCCGUGGAGAACACCAGGGUGUCAUCAGCAGAUAGCGAGUCAUCACAGUUACUUGCUGUGUCAUCUUCGCCUUCAGCAGACCUGGAUCACCCAGCCUCUCAACAGGUAGAGCAUGUUGAGGAACGUCGUCGCCUCCAAGGGCUAGUGGAGAAACUGAAGAGUGAUAGGAAGGCACUUCAAAAUCUCGUACUCCAUAAAGAAUUAGAUAUCAAGCAGUUACUGCAGGCUAAGGCUGAAGUGGAGCUGGAGCUGCAGAAGUGGCAGAAUAAAAAGGAAGAAAAUAGUACAGAAGAGCAAACUUUCAGUGAGGAGAUCCAGAACCUGACACAGAAAGUAGGGAAGUUGGAGUCAAAAUUGGAGGAAGAGAAGAGACAAAUGGCAGAAGAUACAAUGCAAAAGCUUAAUAAGUCUUUACCAGUCUGCAGGGUUAAAGACAAAGAAGAUCACAGGAAGGAACAAGCAGCUAAAAUCAUCCAGAGACAGUGGAAGAUGUACCGAAACAAGAAAGAAGAAAUUGCUCUGGAUGAGGCAGUUGUCAUGCUUCAGGCAGCUUUCAGAGGACAUUUAACUCGACAGAAACUGUUACUGAAUAACAGGAUGCAUGAUGCAAAAUCUCACAACAAGGUAAUUAUUGGGGCAAAGAACUGCUGCAUGUCUUCCAUGUCAAACUCCUUGAGCUCAUCUUCUGAUUGCAAGGAGAAAGAUGAGAUUGUGACAUUCAUCCAGUCCAUUUUCAGGGCUCACUUAGCACGUACAGUACUGCUUGAGGAGAGGCCCUCUGUGUCCAGUGCACCAAGUGAGAAAGCAGAUUCUGCAGUUUACAUUACAGAGAAGAAACUGGUCUCAGCAGCACUCCAGAGACCUCCUUCAAUCUUCAUGUCAUCUCCUUUAUUGCUAUCCGGGUCCUCUGAGAAGCAAUCGCAGCCUACUCCCUCGCUGUCUGUGGAUGAAACUCACUCAGACGAUUCAGAUGAUAUUGUCAUUGUCUCUCCGUUCUUGCAGACGAAGAAGAACAACACCCACUUUUAA